GAAACGCUGGUGGAUUUUGGAGGCCCAAGAGAUGGAGAAGACUUUCGCUGCAGGCAACAGCCACGCCCUACCUCAUCUGCUUCGAUCAACCGGUAAAAAGAAGGCAGGUGUCAGUAAAACGAUAUGCGAACAAGACGGAAUAGCAAUUCACUCCCUCAAUCGUCGUAUUGAGCGAUGGGCUGAACACUUCGAAGAUCAGUUCAGCUGGUCUCCUUCAACACAAUCGCUGGAAGAACCCAGCGGACCUGAAUGGGACGUCGACAGCAGCGAUCCAUACUGCUUUAUGGAUCAGAAAGAUAACAAUACUUUCAUCCCACAUCGGCCGUCGCGUGGUGCCAUCAGCCGGGUCGCCUUACCUGCUGCAUACAGCAGCGCGGGAAAGCGAAAACAUGCAACUGUCUACGUCUCCCUUCUUACUUUUUCACGUUUUCCGUCUUCUAUCCUCCCCCGUCUAAAUUUGAAUACUUUCUCCGCAGGUUCCAGCUCUAGGACUGACCGUUUUGCUCGCCCUGCAUCACACUCAGCUGCAGGUUCUGCACGUCUGAGUUCAGUUACAACCCUAAACACCUCGAAGUCUGUUUCCAAACUCCGAAGGCCCGUCUACUUAGCCACCUUUAAUGUUCAUACACUAAAGCAAGCAGGUCAACAGGUGGCUCUUGCGCGUACGCUGGAUUCCCUCUGUAUUGAUGUAUGUUGUCUGUCAGAAACAAGGACGCAGGACGCAAGUACUGUAAUCGAACUGACUGCCCCCUCGCUCUCUUCCAGGUUCCGACUGCGCCCCUCUGGUGAUGCAGAGGCCGCUGCAGCUGGAUAUGCUGGGAACCUAUGUCUACGGUUCGCAAUUCGAGCUUUGAUCAGAAGACGUCAACGCCAGCUACGGUUGUUACGCGCCACAAACAUGGCCGAAUUCAAGCGACUUACCGAGGCUCUUCAGAUUACUGGUUAUGAACAUCCAGACCCAUACAAGCUCCCGGAUACUGACCCCGUUGUAAAACGUAAAUUAGCGACUCGUUCAGAAUGUUACCAAAUGCGUCUCACUAAGCUGGCGAAGCUGAAAAUGGAAUUCGUGGCCAUAGAAAAAGCAUUCUACAAGAACAAAGAGGCACAAUUAAAUAAGAUGCUUCAGGAUCUAACCAUACUGGAUGAACCUCACUCCGAGGGAGCUUCUAAUUUGGAUGUUGCUCAACGUCGACUGGAAGCGCUGUUUCAAGAGGUGGUCAAGGAACGUCAAAACGAAACACUUGUAAUCCCCGAGUCCGACAGACUCGAAUGGUAUUUCAGAGAGGCUGUCGGUCGAGAGCGUUACGCUGCCCGUUUGGCGGAGAAGGCAAGGAAGCAGUCUCUUCGGAAACGAUAGUCUUUCUUCUUCCACUGUACAUGUAUAGUUCUUAUCAAUGCAAUUCCCUCCCGGCUUGACAAUAUCAACUGCCGCAUUAGUCAGCAUGAAGUAAAAUCCUGUUUAAAAACGAGUUGUAUACAUUGAGUAAUAAUAUCAAUGCGAACUUUAUCACCAGACUCCGCAUGAUUGGCUGAUUGUGUUAAGAAACCCAGUUUGAUACAUUGUUACCGGAUCCAUCUGGUUUUCUUGAAUCAUACUCUGUAUAAUUACAAUCAACCAGGCUUAAAUGUAG